GAUAUCAAGAAUACCGUUCAGGAUAAUCGACAACCGAUUGACUUUUUUGCAGAAUAAAAAGUUGUCUUUCGUAAGACGGAAUUCUCGUACAGGCCGGAUAAUUCGCUCGGAGAGGAAGAAAAAAGCGUAAAUAUGCCGCCGGCCAAGAAGGGCAAAGCAAAAGCAAAGGCCACCACCGCCGACUCCGCUCAGUCCUCGCCUCCGGUAAAACCCAACAAUUUUCCUUCUUGUAUUCGCUCAAUACCUCCUUCCUCUGUUGCCAUCUCCAUCCACGCUAAGCCAGGCUCCAAAUCAUCCUCCAUCACAGAUUUCAGUGACGAGGCAGUUGGGGUACAAAUAGACGCACCGGCCAAGGACGGAGAAGCUAACGCUGCACUUCUCGAUUUCAUUAGCUCGGUUUUGGGGGUGAAGAGAAGGCAAGUGUCUAUAGGUUCUGGUUCUAAAUCAAGGGACAAGGUUGUGAUUGUGGAGGAGGUUACCAUACAAAAUGUUUUCGAUACUCUGGACAAAGUUUCAAAAUGUUAGUGCUGGAGAAAUGAGAGAGUUGAGGGGGGAUUUCUGUUUAUGAACCUGUCAUUGAUGACCUUGGCGAGCCAGACCUAACCAUGUGAGCCGACCAGUUACAUUCCAGCCAUUAUCAUUUCUCGUAUUUCACCUGGAAACACCAAUUUACGAGGCCAAAGUUAUUAUUACAACAACAACUACAUGAGAUUUUUGUUUGUAAAAUGAGCAGCUGCGACAGUGACACUGUGUCAAGUUGUUGCUUUUAUGCAUUUUCAACUCUUUAUUUCAAGUUAUUCUGGGAUUAUCAAUGUCUUGUACGAUUUGAAACGUUCAGUCACCAUGCGUUCAAUCCGCCAAUAUGACUUUGUUACACUCUUCUACUGAAA